UCCUCGGCUCCGCCGCGAGUUCACGUCCCGCGUCGAGACGAAGACGAAGAAGCUCGCCGAAGCACCCUCGGACACUCGACUCGCGCCACUCUACUCGCUCGGGUUAGUGAACUCGAUAGUUUCUUGAAGGAAGCCGGCAGGAGAAAAAGGCCGCCAUCAUGGACGCGAUCAAGAAGAAGAUGCAAGCGAUGAAGCUUGAGAAGGACAACGCGAUGGACAAGGCCGACACCUGCGAGGGCCAGGCCAAGGAGGCGAACAUGCGUGCGGACAAAGUGAACGAGGAAGUGAGCGACCUGCAGAAGAAGCUGACGCAAGUGGAGGGUGACCUGUCGGCGAACAAGAACGCUUUGGAGCAGGCGAACAAGGACCUGGAGGAGAAGGAGAAGGCUCUGACCAACGCGGAGUCCGAGGUCGCCGCUCUGAACCGCAAAGUCCAGCUGAUUGAGGAGGACCUGGAGCGAUCCGAGGAGAGAUUGAACACCGCCACCGCCAAGUUAGCCGAGGCUUCUCAAGCUGCCGAUGAGUCCAGCCGUAUGUGCAAAGUGUUGGAGAACCGUGCGCAGCAGGACGAGGAGAGGAUGGACCAACUGACGAACCAGCUGAAGGAGGCCCGUCUGCUCGCUGAGGACGCCGACGGAAAAUCCGACGAAGUCUCCCGGAAGCUGGCCUUCGUUGAAGACGAGCUGGAAGUAGCCGAGGACCGAGUCAAGUCCGGUGAAGCCAAGAUCAUGGAGUUGGAGGAGGAGCUCAAAGUCGUCGGCAACAGCUUGAAAUCUUUGGAGGUCUCCGAAGAGAAGGCUAACCAAAGAGUCGAGGAGUUCAAGAGACAGCUCAAAACGUUGACGGUCAAGCUAAAGGAGGCUGAGGCCCGCGCGGAGUUCGCCGAGAAAACGGUCAAGAAGUUGCAGAAGGAGGUCGACAGGCUCGAAGACGAGCUGGGCAUCAACAAGGACAGAUACAAGUCGCUCGCCGACGAGAUGGACUCGACGUUCGCCGAGUUGGCCGGAUACUAAGCCGCCUCGUCGUUCCGUGCUUCCGUUUGACGAUCGAGAUCAUUAUCACGCGUGCGGGGAGAUGGAACUGCUGCUACGACGCCGGAUAAUCAGUGCUCGGCGAGAGAACCAGGGAGCCGAGGACACGGUUCCGGGGGCCGGGCGUUAUUAUUUAUCUAAAUUAUGCGACGAAGAUGAUCAAUAUACGGUGGAGAUCGUAAGGAAUUUUACUCUGUUACACUGUUGUACCAAAUAUUACACGAGACCCAAUAAACUGCUGCAAUGUGGUAUGCGUUACUAAUUAGA